AGAGCCCCUAUCAUUCAGUCUCAGUAGUCAUACCAUUUCCAAUUCAAUCCCACAUGUGCAAGGUGCACAUGUACUUUACGAUACAAUAUCUUAUAUCUAAUCUAUUACCGAAGAGUAAUCCAGGAGAACAUUAAACUAGAAAAGAUGGAUGAUAUAGACUCCAUGUUCACUGACCUGCUGGGAGAGAUGGACCUCCUAACACAGGAGUGGAGGCUUUCUCCUUCAGGAAACCUCCUGGAGAAAUGCUAAAAGAGCACAUUUCUGGAGAGACCUGAAAAUAGCUGUGCAGCGACUCCAACCUGACAGAGUUUGAGAGGAUCUGCAAAGAAUGGGGGAAACUCCCCAAAUACAGAGUCUUGGGUAUGAAAUGGAGCCCUCAGAAAUGUCAUCCAGCUCACAGAGAAAAAACAACUUCUCUAUUGGGUUCACAGAUUUGAAUGCGGAUGAACGCCUUCGUUCUGUACAUUACCUUGGAAAAAGGAACUACACAAAGGGACUCAGCUCCGCCUCAUCAUGCUUCGUCGUCCAUUAUUUCCAAGAAUCUCUAAAUGCGCUAGAGGAUCAUGACCUGGACGCUCUGAUGGCUGAUCUGGGGUCAGAUUUGUCAGAGACAGAGGAGAAACUGAACGCAACCAAGACGGGACAUGUCCACACACAGCAGCACAAGUCUGGCUAUUCCACCCAACAACAAAAUGUCCAAGCACCUAUCUCCUUGUCCCAAAUGUCAUCGCUGGCAUCCUCCUCAUCCUCUCUACCUCCUGAACCCCCCAAACCACUUCCACCGGGAGAGGCCGAAGCACAAGCCAGAACGGACAAAAUCAAGCUGGCUCUGGAGAAGCUAAAAGAAGCCAAAGUUAAGAAGUUGGUAGUGAAGGUGAUGAUGAGUGAUGGCAGCUCCAAGACACUGAUGGUGGACGAGAGACAGACGGUCAGGGACGUGCUGGAUAAUCUGUUUGAGAAGACCCACUGUGACUUCAGCAUGGACUGGAGCCUGUGUGAGACCAACCCCGAGCUGCAGACGGAAAGGGGGUUUGAAGACCAUGAAUAUCUAGUGGAGCCUCUUUCUGCAUGGACACGAGACAGUAAAAACCAAAUCAUUUUCCUUCUGAGACCCAACAAAUAUCUCUUCUUCAAGGACCCCCAGAUAUUCUACCUAUGGAAGAAAGACCAAAAAUGUAUUAAUGAGAUAAAAGAAAGGCAUAAGGAACUUCUGCGAAAGGAAAACUUUGAUGGGCCUUCUCUCAUCGUCCCAGACCUGGAGGGGCUGCUGUAUCUGAGAGAGGACGGGAAGAAAUCGUGGAAACGUCGCUACUUCCUGCUCAGGGCAUCUGGGAUAUAUUAUGUGCCUAAAGGAAAGACAAAGACAUCCAGGGACCUGGCGUGCUUCAUUCAGCUUGACAAAGUCAAUAUCUACUCCACCACUGAUUACAAACAGAAAUACAAAGCACCAUCUGAUUUCUGCUUCAUCCUCAAGCAUCCUCAGAUCCAGAAGGAGUCCCAAUACAUCAGAUUCCUGUGUUGUGAUGAUGAGCACACUCUCUCCCUCUGGGUCAACUCCAUCAGAGUAGCCAAGUAUGGGGCCACCCUGUACAAGAACUACCAGAUGGCAGUGAGGAGAGCAUCAACCAUCAGCUCCACUCUGCACCUGACUAGUCUGCCUGCCUCCAGCCCUUCCACACCUACUGUGCACAGAGCAAAUGGACACACCCCUCAGGAGGACCUCCCUGAACCUCCCCCGGACUUUAUUCCCCCGCCCCCUCCUGGUUGGGGCUCUGGGGUCUAGGGAAGGAGCUCCACCCCCUCAAUUCACAACCAUGACUACCAUAGGACAUUCUCAACCUACCUAAAGACAGGCAGAUGGACAAUAAUAUGUUCAAUCAGAUUUAGGUCAGAACUGAGACUACUAGACUAUUUAGGAACACUCAACACCUCUUAGAAAGCCAUUCUGGUGUAUCUUCAUUACAAUUUGUGCAAUUGUUCCGCAAAAAUAUAUAACUAUAGCUAUUCAGAAGACUAUGGUGGGUUUUCCUCUAACUUUUUACCUGUCCUUUGCUCUUUUCAUAUUUAUUUUUAUCCUAACAAACUCCCCAGCCCCUUCCAGCAACAAGCAUACCCAUAACAUGAUUCUGCCACCACAAUACUAAUCUUAUUCAAAAUGAUUCACAUCUGUAAUGGCUGCCAACAGUGCUUCCAUAAAUCAAAUCAAACUUUAUUUGUCACAUGCGCUGAAUACAACAAGUGUAGACCUUACCGUGAAAUGCUUACUUACAAGCCCUUAACCGACAGUGCAGUUCAAGAAGAAGCACCUUAUCCUCAAGGUCACCUCAAGGUCGCCUAUCCUCUUCACGUUGUACACAAACCUUUGCAUCUGCUCUGCAAGCACCGCAACAACUAUGUAGUUCAGUUCUCAGACAAAACCGCUGUCCUCGGACUCUUAAACAAAGGCUCUGACACCGACGGCUACAGGGCGGCAAUUGAAGGAUUCGUCAGAUGGAGUGAUGAACAUCACCGACAACUGAAUGUGAAAAAAACUGAGGAGAUGAUCCUUGACUCUAAGUCCUUUGGAGACUACAUCCCCAUGGUGGUACACGGACAGAACAUUAGGCAGGUAAACUCAUACAAGUACCUGGGGGUCCACAUUGACAGUGGGCUUUGCUGGCGCACCCAUGUGGAGAACGUGUGCUCACGCAUCCAAUAGCGUUUGCACUUCCUGCGUCGACUUUAGGGUCUAUGGAGGCUGGUGACAAGCAUUUUGAGGAGGAUGGGAGACCCACGGUAUAGGCGCGUAACGCACGGAGACGACAAAGUGUGUUUCAAAAAUCGGCAAAGACUAAUUACUUUAACCUAAAGCAUUUAAUA